CUUCGCCCUUUCUGACCUCGCACGAUCCAGAUGAUAGUUAGUAGUCUUCUUUACUGUUAAGCUUUCAGGUCUCAUUAUUGCGGUAGAACAGCUCAUAAAGCGUUUGUCUUCAGCCCAAUCAAAACUCGUCGCUUUGAAUAUCGUUUGAGCUCGAACAUGUUCGAGACAGCAACGUUUGCUGCCUCUGGCGAGGAAGCUAUCGCCAGGCAGAUACAUAUAGAAGGAGACGAAAUGCCGCGCGACCUUUCCCUUGAGGACUUUGAGGAAUUCUUCGAGAUUGAACGCACAGUGCAGGAGGUGCUGAAGCAUGAAUACAAGCGUAUUGUGUUACAGUUCCCCGAUGAGCUCCUUCAUCUCUCCGUACCUAUCUACAGGACACUUAAAGCCAAGGCGGGAGCGGGACAUGACUUCUACGUUCUCGCAGACACCUCAUAUGGCAGUUGCUGUGUUGAUGAAGUCGCUGCUCAGCACGUCGAUGCGGACGCCAUGGUGCACUAUGGGCAUGCUUGCAUGAGUCAAACGUCGAGGCUCCCUGUCAUUUAUGUAUUUGGCAAGAGCCUGAUAGGAGCCAAAGACUGUGUGGCAAGACUUUCGGAGACUUUACAGUCACUUGAGACAGCGUCAUUGCAGAUACUUCUGCGGACCGAUGUCCGUUACGUCCAUGCGGCUGCAGAAUCUAUCGCCGACAAGCUGCGAGCCAUGUUGCCCUCGACAAGUAGUUUGCGGUAUCACCCGGUGCCGCGAUUCACUUUGCCUGCGACUGCUGAGCCUGCAAUAAGAUCGAAUAGCGAGGACGCGGACGGCACUGAGCAUCAGCACGACACAAUUCUUUAUAUCGGUGGCGAAAGCCUGGGUCUCACGAACCUGCUACUAACGCAUUCAUCCUCAAAUGUGUACUCCUACGACCCCAAACUCAAGACAACGCGCCUCGAGUCUGGACGAACGAACAAGCUGCUAAUGCGGCGGUACGCCGCUGUGCAGAAGGCACGCGACGCGGACGUCUUCGGGAUCCUCGUUGGCACGCUCGGCGUCGCGUCGUAUCUACCACUCAUCUCACGCCUGAGGCGGCUGCUCGCCCGCGCGCAGAAGAAGAGCUAUACGAUCACCGUGGGUAAGCUCAACCCGGCGAAGCUCGGCAACUUCCUCGAGAUCGAGUGUUUCGUGCUCGUCGCAUGUCCCGAGAACAGCCUCGUUGAGGCCAAAGAGUUCCUGCGCCCAAUCAUCACGCCAUACGAACUCGAGGUCGCGCUUCAGCCGGAACCCUUAUGGACGGGGCAGUAUGUGCUGGAUUUCGAGAAGUUGGCAUUAGGAGAGGCAGACAGAAGUGAUGCCGAGCGACCAGAAGUGUCAGACGAGGACGUCGACCGGCCGAUGUUCUCGCUCGUAACGGGGACAUACCGUCAAGCGAAACGCUAUGGUGGGCCACACCCAGAGGGUCCAGACGGAAAUGACGAAGAUAGCCCUUUGGCGCUUGUGCUUCGAAAUCAGGAAAAUGCGUUGUCCGUCCUGUCAGGCAGCGCCGCAAGCCAGUUUCUGCAGUCACGAACGUACCGAGGCUUGGAGACGAGGGUUGGCGAAGACGCCCCGAGUGUGCUCGAACAGGGACGAAGCGGUAUUGCGAGAGGAUAUCAGACAGAUCAUCAGCCAUGACCAUAUCGACCCAUGCAUGCAAUGCCAUCUUCUCACUUGCUUUCGGGCACCGGCAGCCCGUGCAAUGGGUCUUUGAGGGUGGGGGUGAAAUAUCGCACGCGUUCGUUUUAUGGGCAAGAUAUACCUCCUCCAUGAUCACAGUCAUUGUGUAAAUAACGGUUUCCGUUAUAUUAUACGUCAAGGCGGGUCCCAGCAAGGGCUAGCAGUACAGGAGUAGCAAGCAUAAAAUCUAUCCCGAACUUACAAUGGGGACUGGCACUACCCCAACUCAUACCUGAGCGCAAGCACCCAUGCCAUAAUAAAAUACACGAUCCCAGCAGGAAGAGCGCACUCGCGGAGGACGGCGUUCCAGUCCCACCGGCGGCGGUAUCGGCGCUUAAGCUCGGGUGACGCGGUGCCGUUCGCAUGAUUCGCAUGCGGCGGCUCGACGAUAUUCGAGGUAACCCACAUCUGUACAGAGCGGCUGCAGCAUGUUGUGGUGCCGAUGACUGCCCAGCAGAUCAGGGGCCGCACUUCAUAGCUGAGAAGUGUCAGCGUGAAGUGUGUGGCUGGCCAGCAAAUCGCUGUAGGAGAUGACCGUGAGGAUACCGGGAUACGAAAGGGGACAAUACUUGCCUUGCAGGGCGAAGAGCCGGAUGAGAGUUGGUAAAGGGGAGUAAUAGACUCGCCAUCGUUUGAAAAGGCCUGUCGUCAACUGCAGGCAUUGCCAGCCUGUCAACACAGACUGCAUCAACUGUAAAUAAAUACAGUUAUGAGACAGCGAGUUGUGCGCACCCACAGUACGCAGACAGCGUACUCAGAAGUCCUACACCAACUCAUAUGAGGAGGUCGCACAGUAUUGUAAAUAUUCCAUAGCGUGCCGAACACUGCAGGAACAAUAGAUAACAGCCGAGAAAACUCAAAGAGCAAGGGUCCUAGAGCGAGAGAUGCACGUGGCUUGCUGCAGCAACUUGUUGAAGAUAUGGGGAUUGCCAUAGACUCUGCUAGCGGAGAGAGUGUGCGGGACGAAAGCGAUGAAGGCGCAGUGAGUCGGGCAGUUGGCAAGUUUCGAGACUAGAAAAAGUGAACAGGGUCA